AAUGUCUACUAUUUCCAAUGUAUUUUAUAAAUUAUAUCAAUUAGGCUAAAAUUAAAGGUAUUGAAAAAGAUAUUACUGAAUCAAAACCUAAGCAAGAAAAACAAAUAAAAGAGAAAAAUGAUACAAGUGACAAAAAGAAUAAAACAAAAGAUACAAAAGAUAAAUCUAAAGCAAAAUAAUAGUGAU